CCAGGGGAGGUGCAGGGAGUGGAGAAGGAGCGCAGGGAUGGAGGAGGGGAGCAGGAGAUGGAGAAGGGGAGCAUGAGAGAGAAGAGAGGUGCAGUGUCUGAAGAAGGGGUACAGUGACUAAAGAAGGGGUACAGUGACUAAAGAAGGGGUACAGGGUCCCGACAAGACGUGCAGAGCUGUUUGGGGGGUCUGGGGUGGAUGCCCAGCUGGCUGUGCGGGUCCCCGGGCUGGCAACCCUCGCUGCCCAGGGAUGCUGAGCGGGGCUGGGCAUGGGGAGGGGGUUUGGGGUUUGGGGUUUCCUCCCGGCGCUGCAAGCCCGGCCCAGGAAAUUCUUCCGGGCAGCCUCUCAAGCCCCUCUUUGUGCUCUUGGGAUUUUUAACAUUCCCGGCGGCUGCGGACGGGGUGCCCGGUGCCGGACGGGGUGCCCGGUUCCAGAUGGGCUGCUCAGCUCCCCCAGGCUGUGGCGGGAUGGACGGGAUGGGAUCUGGUGUAGAUUUAGGGGAUGCAGCUGCUGCAAAUUCCCACCCAUCCCAUCGGAGCCAAGAGCUCUGUGCCACCCCCGGGGGAUUCUCAGCGUCCUUUACCAGCGUGGCUUUGCUGUGGGAUGAAGGACUGGAGCUGCCGGGUGUCGGAUCCCGCUGUGCUCCUGGGAGCGACCUUGGCUGUCCCAGCUGCGGCACCGGGUGCCUGGGACCCCCUGGCCCCGGGGGAGGAAGCCGCCAGCCUUGGGGGACAAGAGGAAGCGGCGCUGGUUGGUGACACGCUGCCAGGACCUGGGUCCCCUCCCCGGAAGGAAAGCGCUGCCGGAGCCUUGGGGACCCUCGGGGUGCAGCGGGGACAGGGAGGCACUGGUUGGGUGGUCUGUGGGUAGGAGGAGGGGGAUCCCCUGUGCCCAGCAUCGCUGACACCUCGCUCCCGCCCGCCCAGAGCCGCCGCUGCCAUGCCGGUGACAGUGACAGUGACACUGCCCGGCCCGGCCCCGUGGGGCUUCCGCAUCUCCGGGGGAAGAGAUUUCGGGAAGCCCAUCGCUGUCUCCAAGGUGACAGAGCACGGCAAGGCGGCCACGGGUGACCUCCGGCCGGGGGAUGUCAUUGUCACCAUCAACGGGGAGAGCACGGCUGAGAUGCUCAACGUGGAGGCGCAGAACAAGAUCAAGCAGAGCCCCGGGCAGCUCCGGCUGGAGGUGGAGAGGUCCCCGGUGCCACCUCCCAGCCACACCAACGGGGACACCUCGCCAGAGAGGAUGGCCUCGCGUUUCCAGGACACGCUGCGGAUGCGGGGGGAGAGCCGAGGUGCCCUGAGGACCCUGGAGCCCGGGCUGGCACCCCUCGCCCACCCAGCUGGCAGCGCCAGCUCACAGCCCCUGGAGCAGGAGCUCACCUGUCCUGGCCUCCACCAGGAACGAGGUCGCCUGAGCCGCCAGAACAGCUCGCAGGGUCCCGUCCUGCCUCCACCCCCCUGCCCACCCCCAGCGGAGCUCGGAGCCCCCCAAACCCCCCGGGACCCCCUCGGGGAGCGGCGCCUCUCCUGCCCCUCCCCCAGCACCUUCCCCAGCCAGGGCUCGGAGCCGGCCAUGAAGCGCUUGGAGGAGGAUUCGGAGGUUUACAAGAUGCUCCAGGAGAACCGGGAGCUGCGGGCGGCCCCGCGGCAAUCCAGCACCUUCCGCCUGCUCCAGGAGGCUCUGGAGGAUGAGGAAGGAGGAACCCCCUUCCCCAGCCGGCUCUCGGCCGCUGCCCGCAAACCCGUGGCCGGGGUGCAGAAGCUGCACGUGUGUGAGAAGUGCGGGAGCAGCAUCGCGACACAGGCGGUGCGGAUCCAGGACGGUCGCUACCGCCACCCCUCCUGCUACAGCUGCGCCGACUGCGGGCUCAGCCUGAAGAUGCGCGGCCACUUCUGGGUUGGGGACGAGCUGUUCUGCGAGAAACACGCCCGGCUGCGCUACCAGGGACCCCCGGGCGGGCCCGUCCCCCGCCCCGUGUCCCCCCGCUCCUGAGCCCCAGGAUUGGGGACACCGCCAGCACCCCCCGUGUCCCCAGGGCUGUCCCACCCCGCUGCUGGGGGUGGGUGGGAUUUUGGGGGCGAUGCCAUGGCCAUUUUCACCCCUUUGUGAAGUUCUCACCUCUUUGUGGGUGUGUGUGUGAUGAGCUGGGUGAGUUCUCAGCCUUGGGGACACCGAGGGGACAAUGAGGGGGGAUGGGGGAGGGGUCGCUUGAGCACUUGGGGACCGGAGAGGGGGGUGGCACCGCUUGUGCACCGACUGCAAAGCGCUUCUCCGAGGGAUUCCACCAGAUUCUCUAUAAAUAUAAUAUAUAUUUGCUCCA